GUCCGAGCCGCAAUCUCGGCGGCGGCGGCGGCGGCGGCAGGGGGAGCCCGCGGCCCGCCGCCGGCUGGGCGCUCGCGCGGCGAGGACGAGCCGAAGGAAGGAGCUGGGGAGCCGGUUCCGGACGGAGGAGAGGGGCAGUGCUGCAGAGCGUGCUGGCGGCGGCGGAAGAUGCCGAGCACCGACCUUCUGAUGCUGAAGACCUUCGAGCCCUACUUUGAGAUUCUGGAGGUCUAUUCCACAAAGGCCAAGGACUAUGUCAAUGGGCAUUGCACCAAGUACGAGCCCUGGGAGCUGAUUGCCUGGAGUGUCACGUGGACCCUGCUGGUCGUGUGGCUCUAUGGGUUUGUCUUCCAGCCUGAGAGUUUAUGGUCACGGUUUAAAAAGAAAUGUUUGCGGCUCUGCAGGAGGAUGCCUAUUAUUGGCCGAAAGAUCCAGGAGAAGGUGAACAAGGCCAAGGAUGACAUUAACAAGAACAUGUCCUUCCUGAAAGUGGACCAAGAGUACGUGAAGGCUCUCCCCGCGCAGGGCCUGAGCCCGACGGCCGUGCUGGAGAAACUCAAGGAGUACAGUUCCAAGGAUGCCUUUUGGCAAGAAGGGCGCGCCUCGGGGGCAGUGUACAAUGGGGAGGAGAAGCUGACGGAACUCCUGGUGAAGGCUUAUGGAGAUUUUGCUUGGAGCAAUCCACUGCAUCCAGAUAUUUUCCCAGGACUGCGUAAGAUAGAGGCGGAGAUUGUGAGGAUAUCAUGCUCUCUGUUCAACGGGGGACCCGACUCCUGUGGAUGUGUGACCUCUGGAGGGACCGAAAGCAUCCUGAUGGCUUGCAAAGCUUAUCGGGACCUGGCCUUGGCAAACGGGAUCAAGACCCCAGAAAUUGUGGCCCCCCAAAGCGCCCACGCCGCGUUUGACAAAGCAGCCAAUUAUUUUGGGAUGAAGAUUACCCGGGUGCCGCUGAACAAAAUGAUGGAGGUGGAUGUCCGGGCCAUGAGAAGAGCCAUCUCCAAGAACACCGCCAUGCUCGUCUGCUCCACUCCGGGCUUUCCUCACGGGGUGAUGGACCCUGUCCCCGAAGUGGCCAAGUUGGCGGUCAAAUAUAAAAUACCUCUUCACGUAGACGCUUGCUUGGGGGGUUUCCUCAUCGUCUUCAUGGAGAAAGCAGGGUACCCACUGGACCAGCCGUUUGACUUCCGGGUGAAGGGGGUGACCAGCAUUUCAGCUGAUACUCACAAGUACGGCUAUGCCCCCAAGGGCUCGUCGGUGGUGCUGUACAGUGAGAAGAAGUACAGGAACUACCAGUUCUUCAUUGCCACGGACUGGCAAGGUGGCAUCUACGCUUCCCCCACCAUCGCAGGCUCACGGCCGGGCGGCAUCAGCGCAGCCUGCUGGGCCACCCUGAUGCACUUCGGUGAGAGCGGCUAUGUGGAAGCCACCAAACAGAUCAUCAAAACUACUCGCUUCCUCAAGUCAGAACUGGAGACCAUCAAAGGCAUCUUUGUUCUGGGGAACCCUCAGGUGUCCGUCAUCGCUCUGGGCUCCCGAGACUUCGACAUCUUCCGACUCUCUAACUUGAUGACAGCCAAGGGCUGGAACCUGAACCAGUUGCAGUUCCCGCCCAGCAUCCACUUCUGCGUCACCUUAGUGCACACCAGGAAGCGAGUUGCCAUCCAGUUCCUGAAGGACGUCCGGGAAUCCGUCACUCAGAUCAUGAAGAACCCGAAAGCAAAGACCACGGGAAUGGGCGCGAUCUAUGGCAUGGCCCAGACAGUCGUGGACAGGAACCUGGUGGCAGAAUUGUCCUCGGUCUUCCUGGACAGCCUCUUCAGCACAGACACCGUGACCCAGGGCAGCCAGAUGAAUGGGUCUCCCAAGCCCCGCUGAGCCUGGAGCCUCUCGGGGUGUGGACCAGGCCACACAGUUCCAACAUCCGGUGUUGCCCCACCGAGCACAAGAAGAGAGACCAUGAGACCGCGCGAUGCUCAGGAUACUUCCUCCUCUUCCUCUCCUCCUUUCGUGGGUUUGAAUGUGAAUGCCCCGAAGGGUCCUAUUUCAUAACGGUUCCGCCCUUCCCAUGAGCGUCCCCUCCCCCCCCCAGAAUGAUUCUGACCAGACCCAUCUCUAACCUCUAGCUUCCAGCUUCACUUAAUCACUGUGUGGGCAGCUCUGGACUGUCUUGAUUUCUUUGGGAAGCCGGAGUACAGUUUAUGAGACAGAAGGUUUUUCUUCCUUAUUUCGGACAACUUGGCUAGUCAGAUAAGGAGCGUUUUGGGUGCCGUGUGUUCCCAGGUGGGCGUGAGCCCUCCCCGAAGCACAGGGCCCUGUUCUCCUUUUUCUCAGGCUGGCUCGUUGUCUCUGAUGCCGGCACUGUUAUUCCAGCUGACAGUCCCCCUCCCAGAACACCGAUUGGCCUUCCUGUCACCCGGCCUGCCCUGCGUGGUCUUGCUAACCUCUCUGCUCAGAGGUGGGGCUGGGCGUAGCUCGCUGCCCUGCUGCUCUGCUUGUAAUUUCCCUGUGAUACUCGGCCACUGCCGUGUUUGGAGAUUCUUGUUGAAAUUAUGCUCUGUUCCUCUGUUCCUGUUUUGUGGCCUAGGAAGAGAAGGUGGUUUCCAGAGGACUCGGGCCUGUCUUGGCCCUGCCCUGGGGCCGGUGAUGACGGGAGACUUGGACUCUUCCUGGUGCUUCUCCACGACAAGUAGGGCAAGCGCCCAGGUCGAGUCUCUGCCCCUGGAGCUGGUUGGGGGACAGGGGGACCCUCCUUCCCCUUCGCACCGUCACUAUGAGAAUAAUCGUCCCGAGAGCAUGUUUGCUUGACCGGGAGCUGCCUCACCGCUCCGACGCCGCCGUGACUUCUUGGCAGGUGUGAGGUGUGAGGGCUCCAGGCAGGGGCGGUUUCUUCUCUCCUUGGCCCGUUCUCCCGCCCCUUCCCUCGACUCGGCCCCCCACGGUACAAUGGCAGUUUCGCCUCCGGUACUGGACGCUUCGAGCCCGGGCUCGGAGGGAGAAACGCUUUGGAACAGGAACACAAGCACGUGUCCGUGCCACCUCGGGCCUGGCGUCUGUCGGGAGAGUAGUCGCUCAGGGUGGUACAGGGCCGGGGCCAAGCCCUGCGCCCGCUUCCGGCCUUCUCUCCCGCAUGGGCCUGACCUUGGUGGACCCCUGCCCAUCUCAGAGGAUGACCUACUGUGUGCCUUUCCCUCAGCAGUACACAGCGCGGGGCCAGUCCUGACCCAGGCCCCCGUCUGUGACGGUCUCACGUGGGUAAGGGAGUACUUAGGAUAAGUGAGGAGAAAUGUUCCGGUUCCAUAUUAUCCUUCUCAGGGACUCCCGGUCACUGGCCUCCAGGCUGGUGCCCUUUGGCCGCUGCCUGCCCUCCCCUCGCCCCCAGAAUGCUGGCCAGCAGAGCCAAGGUGGCCCCCCACCCCCCCCACCCCGGGCUCCUUAUCACUGUACUGACACAGAACUGUGACUGGCUGGGCCAGUUGUCGACCUGGUGGGCACCUCCAGAAAGAGGCACAGUGUCAGUGCUGGGCGGGCACGUUCCAGCAGGGCACCACGGUGCCAGCCCGCUCAGGCAGAGAAGCACAUCGUGUCCAUGAGAGUGCGCGGUGGCACCCGGGGGCUCCCCUCGGGCUGUCGGGGUCACUGCAGCAUGGGUCUUGGCCCUCUGCAGGAGCCCUCUGGUAGGUCGUCACGUGCCUUAGCUUUGCGUGUCUGUAGGUGGGUGGCACCUCAUCUGGCGGGUGGGGGUGGGGGGACAGCCCGGUCCUGUCGUGUUGCCGAGCAGAGGCCCCCCGGGCCCUUGUGGAAACCUCUCACCCGCGCCUGCCUUAGCGUCGCCGUGUGCGGGCUCUGCCCAGCCACUUUUCAUAUUGCUGGUUUUAUACUUGGAAAUGGUACUUGCCUCUUUGUGAAUCUCCUGUCUUUAACCCCCCGCCCCUGUCCCGUCUCAGUGCGCCCUUCCUAACUGCAGCAAUAAUCUCUCCGAAAGCAAUUAUGUCAUUAAAUAUCCCAAAUCUUAAUCGUGGUUGUUUGCUUCUGUGUGUUCAGGCAGAUCCCAGAUAAGGUGGUGGGGGGCCCCGUGGCACAGGCCGCUUGUGAGGGGUCGCCCCCUGGUGGUGAGACGCUCGCGUCUCCCCGCGGAUAUUGGGGCCCUUGAACGAAAGAUUUCUUGAUGAGGUUUCUCGGGAGCACUCCCCAGGAAAGCACUCGUUGCGUGGAGUCGCAGGUCACAGUCGCGAGUGCUUUCUUGAUUUGCUCUGCCCCGAGUCCUGAGGCGGUCUGGGACGCAGCUCUCCGACCCCGUUUGGUCGUCGUCCUCACGCACGGGGGUGUGGCUGGCGACCGGAGCCCAGACCUCGCACCCUGAGCUUGGUCUGGGGCUGAUGGAAGCCUCCUAUUAGCCUAGUAAGCGUAACCGCUUGGCAUGUUGCUCCAUUGCCACCGGAUGUGGAAAUCUUUCCAGAGGGUUCCUCAGUGACCAGCUGUCCAAGCGUGGCCCUGAGGCCAUCUCAGCCUUCCCAGAAUCCCGCCACAUUUGCAGUGGUUUUCUGCCAUGUCCACCCUGAGGGGCCAGAUGGACUGGACUCAGGACAGCUUGGACGGCUUCUCCUGCUCCCUGGGGUUGGGGGUCCCUGGGCCUUCUCUGCAUGCGGCCGGACGCAGCCGGGCCGAGCUGCUCUGGGCUCUCCACCCAGUCACAGCCGAGGUACUGAUGAAGCCUGUCGGGCAAGCACAAGUCAGGGAUUUCAGAGGAUUUUUUCCUUGACUUGGAGUCUUACUUAAUUGCUUUCUUUCUUCUUGUAUUUAUUUUUCAUAAUCUAUCCUCAACAUCCGCUCGUAUGAUUUUCAGUUACUUGCAUUAAUUUUAGAAUAAAUGUAUUUAUUUCUAAGCGUGCGUUGCUUGUGUCUUUGUCCUACUUGCAGGCGCC